UCUCCAUAAAAUGCACUUUAAUGCCCAGAACAACAUCCUAAAAUGGCGAGUCGUGAAUCAGUGAAGACGGGUGUCCUUCUUUUCAUCCUCUGCGAUCUUAUCACAUGGAACGCAAUCAUCCACAACAAGUUUACACAACACGAGAAGAGGUUCCAGGCUGGCCUGGCGGAGGAGGAAAAUACGCGUCCGAAACGCUCGACCAACCGCCAAGCCCCGCCAGUCGGCGGUGCCACUUACAUCCGCUGGGGUCGAACCGAGUGUCCAGAUGAGGCAGACCUAGUUUAUAAAGGUUUUGCUGCUGGUGGCUGGUACGCACACACGGGUGCUGGGAGUGAAUAUAUCUGUCUCACUGAUAAUCCAAAAUACGCUAAACACAAGGCCGGGGUGCAAAAUUACUUGUCGUUUAUAUACGGUGUGGAAUUCCAAGUGGAACCUAUUGUGAACGAACUGUUCGAGCAUACCAACUCGAACCCAAAUGACCUGCCGAAUUCUGACGUUCAAUGUGCCGUCUGCAGAAGCCGGCUGAGAACUAGUUCGGUGAUGAUACCAGGGACAAACGAAUGUAUCUCCGGAUGGAACAUGGAGUACUGGGGCUACCUGAUGUCCUCAAGCAGUGGCCAUAAGGCCCAACACACCUAUGCCUGUGUCGACCAUGCACCUCAGAAAGGUACGGAAGGAGGUGCUAAGGACGAGGAUGGAGCGCAGAUGCAUCUUGUGGAAGGACGCUGCGGGUCUCUUCCAUGUCAGCCGUAUAAAGAUGGGCACGAGCUCUCAUGCGUGGUGUGUACCAAAUAACGGGAGAGGUGGUGUUAUGCGAGACUCAAUGCACGAGACUCAAAAUGUGACAUUUCAAUAAUGAUUUCAUCACGAAAGAUCAAAACUAGUGCUUAUGCCUAUGCGGUUUUUACCUCACUAAUGAGAGGCAAAGAACACUAUCAAUCAUGAAAUAUUUGCAGUUGUGUCAACCACACUACCUGGAUGUGACAUUUUAAUGACCAUGGGGACAUUAUCUUGGCUCUGAUUCUUGUCUUAAAUAGUCGAAUUUUAUAUCAUCUAGCGAAAUAAAUGACCGCCGACAUCUAAUUCGAUGAUCGAGGUCCAAGGCAUGAACAAUAUACACUACCGGAAAAGCUAAAAACCAAAUGGGGGAACAUCUUUUGAAAAAAUUAAGAAUUUAAAAAAGGUGAAUGGUAAAGUGUGUUCUGAAAAAUAUCUGUUUCAUGUAAUUUGUCUAUCUUGAUAUUUG